UCAAACACAAUCACAAACAACUCUAAUUUAUCCCUUCAAGGCACAAGUACAUAUCCUUUAAUUGUUUCCUUAAGAUUUUCUAUAAUGUUGCUGCAGCUCUCCAUUCUUGCAAUUUUCUUGCUAUGUCCUGCUUGGGCUGAUAAUUUCUACCAAGACGCGACGGUCACGUUCGGUGACCAGCGGGCUCAGAUAAAAGAAGGUGGCCGCCUUCUCGACUUGUCCCUCGACAAAAUUUCAGGCUCCGGCUUUCAGACCAAGAAUGAAUAUUUAUUCGGAAGGUUCGACAUGCAGCUCAAACUAGUGCCUGGAAAUUCUGCUGGCACUGUCACCACCUUCUACUUGUCAUCUCAAGGAGCAGGGCAUGACGAAAUUGAUUUUGAGUUUCUGGGAAAUUCAUCAGGCGAACCUUACACAGUUCACACCAAUGUUUACUCACAGGGAAAAGGCAACAAAGAACAACAAUUUCGCCUUUGGUUCGAUCCCACCUCAUCGUUCCACACCUACUCUAUUGUUUGGAACUCUCAACGCAUCAUAUUUUUGGUGGAUAACAUACCAAUAAGAGUGUUCAACAACCACGAAGCACUUGGUGUUGCAUUCCCAAAGAAUCAAGCAAUGAGAGUUUACGCGAGUCUAUGGAAUGCUGAUGACUGGGCAACACAAGGCGGACGGGUGAAAACAGAUUGGUCCAUGGCUCCGUUUACAGCCUCUUACAGGAAUUUCAAGACAAAUGCGUGUGUUUGGUCAGCUGCAUCGUCUACUUCGUCUUGUGGAGGCUCUAAGGCUGACUCAGUGAAUAAUGAUCAGGCUUGGCAAACUCAAGAACUGAAUGCCAAUGGCAGAAAUAGGCUUAGAUGGGUGCAGCAGAAAUACAUGAUUUAUAAUUACUGUGCAGAUGCGCAAAGGUUCUCUCAAGGCUUUCCUCCUGAAUGCAAACGUUCGAGGUUCUAAGGAUUAAGUCAGUCUAUGUUGUCUAUAGAAUUCUUGUUUUUCUUUAAUUUUGUUCUGGGAUGUCAUGAGAAAAAAGAACAUACUGUAAUUAUCUGUAUAAGCAACUUAAAUUCUUUAUUCUUUUUGUAAUCAUGAAAUAGAAAUUGUAACAAUGAAUCAUUUUUCAGCCAA